AUGACUAUAAAAGCUUAUGGGUUUAUAAUAAAUUUGCAACUUGAGAAUGUGUAUAGUUGUAUGACUGUGAAAACUUCUAAUAAAAUUGCAUCUUACAAAUUUGUAUUUAGAGGAGAUAAUCAAAAUAAUAAUACGAUUACAUAUUGUAAAAUUUGUAUUCGGGAAUUAGAGGAAUUAGAUGAAGUUGAUGGAAUUCAGGCUAGUCCAUACCAUAUAACAAAUCAGGAAAAACCUAUAAUAAUAACUAAUCAAGAAAUAAACUCAGAUCUAGACCUACCUUCUCUUUCACCUGAAAAGCAACAGGAAUUAACAAAGCUUGUGAUAGA